AUGGAAUUUCUCAAUUCAAUUACUAUUGCCAUGCAAGCCUUCAAAUUCAAUGAAGCUGAAGAAAAAAUAAAAGAUAUCCAAGAUCUGAAUGCACAAAUCAUUCCUUUAGAAAUCGAAAAAGUUAGAAAAGAGAUUGAUGAUUUACAAUUAAAACUUAUACAGGGUAUAAAUAAUUGCACAAUCAAGGACCUUAAAGAAUUCCCUCAAAUUCUGGAGAUUGAAGAAGCUGCCAAGAAUUAUCCGGUUUAUAGAGAAGCUCUAAGUGAAAUUAUUGGCUUUAUUAAUGAAAAGCUUGAAACAGCUAAAAACGCAUUUCCUAAUAUGCUUCGCCCAGCAAAAAAAACAUUGAUUGAUGAUAUUACUUUUAUUUUAGGUGUUUUGCCUAAAGAAACUAAAGAAAGUGUAGAGAUUUUAAUCAAAGAUUUAAAAAAAAAUAUAAAAAAGCAAAAAAAAGAAAUCAGAAAAAAAAUUGAUGAUCUAGCAAAAGAGGAAAACAUUAGUGAACUGUGCAAAACACUUCGUGAGCUAGAUAAACAGGAAUCCCAAUCAGACACACAGUAUGCAGAAAGCAAACUGAGAGAAAUUUUAACGUCAGUUAAAAGCGAAAUAGGCUCGGCUCUUUUUAAGAAAGACUGAAAUAUUGUUUUUAAUAAAGCACCAAUUUUGACCUCAAAAGAUGAACUAAAAGAUUUAAUAAAUGACAGUGAAACGACUCUUUCAGAAAUUUAUCAAGGAAUUAAUCAAUUAGUCCAAAGGGCUUUGAGCACCCUGCUAAAUAUUGACAGCAAGGACAGCAGUGAAGAGCUUGUAGAGGCUUGGAAAAUUUACGCAACUUUUAUGCAAUUUAAAACUAAAAUCCCAAAAUGCUCUGACAUUUUUGAUGUCAAUGAUACCAUUACAAAGAUGCUGGCUGGGAUUUCAACCUUUUAUGCAAAAUUAUAUCAAAAUUAUAUAAAAGAGCUGAGCGACUCCAACAAUCUUCACACCUGCGAUACAAUUUUAAAAAAAAUUAAAGACCGAGAUGACUUUUUGAAAAUUUUUAAAAUAUUUUUAACAGAGCAUCAAGGUGAUAGCCUUUAUGCUAAUUGCCAGCAAAUUUUGAAGAUCCAGCCUUAUUCUAUAGAAUUUUCCCAUAGAUGGCGCUGUUUGCCCUUGAUUUGCCCAUUGGGAAAAUUUUUUGGUUUGACCAAACCAUAUGGGACUGGUCGAACCAAAAAAUUUUCCCAGUGGGCAAAUCAAGGGCAAACAGCGCCAUCUAUGGAAAAUUCUAUAGUUAUGUAGAGAGCUUAAGUGAAGAAGUCUAUAAAAUAAGCGAGUAUUUCAAAAACCUAAAAAUUGAAUUUUCUGAAAUCCAACACCCUGCUAUUCUUGAAAUAACUUCCAAUAAAAUCCAAGAAAAAUGAAACAAAUUAAAUAGAUUUGAAGAAAUAAAAAAUCAUUUAAAUCCAGAGAUUAUAGAUUUCGAGAAAGCAAAAUCAGCAGCUUUUGAGUCUGUGUUUAACGAAAUAGAUAAAAUUGUAAAAAAAGCUGUUUCCUUGAUUGAGAAAGAAAAUGUACAGAAAGAAGAUUUUAAAGAAAUCCAAAUCUGUCAUAGCAGCUUGGCUAAUUUUGAGAAAUAUUUAACAAUCAAAGGUCUUAAUUGAGAUGAGACUGUCGGGAAUAUUAGGAAGAAGAUUAUUGACAGAGCACAUGAUUUAAGAAGCAGAGCAGAAAGAUCAGCAGAGCCGAGAGAAAUCGCAGAAGCUAUGAUAAGCAUAAAAGACAUUUCCAAUAACUUUCCUUUAUUAAAAAGAGAAGUAGAUGGAAUUAUAGACUUAUUUUUUGAAAAAUUCCAAAAAAACAUUAGGGAUAAAGGAUUGUUAGCAGCAAUCACUCAAGAACUUGAAUCACGUCAAAGUGGUUUAGGUCUUAAUAUAAUUACAGAACACAAAUUCUUUGAAGCAGCAAUGCAAAAAAUAUGAGCAAGCAAAACGCAAAAACAUGGAAUAGAAUUUGCAUUAAACAAUAUCAGGGGUGCUAAUAUUAAUAAGAACGAGCUGGGUAACAAAUACAAAAGCUACAUUGAAAGAUUUAAUUGUAUUCAGACAAACUAUUGGAGAAUUUCGAAGACUGAUGGAAUUCAUAGUGCUAUAGACCAAAUGGUUGGAGAAAUAAAGAAUUAUUCAAAAAAUCUAGCCGUGGACCCUUUAAGCCCAAAUAUAAUCCAGUUAAAAGAGUCUUAUCCAGAGCUUUUGGCUUAUCUUGCGAACCUUUGGGGGCUUUUAAACAUACAAAAAUACCAGAAAGACGAAACUGACGAAGAACAAAAAAGUUCAAUUUUUGCUCCUCAUCCAAUUCAAGUUCUCUCAAUAUUCCGUAUGCUUGGAAUUGGGUAUGGAAGAGAUGCCACUUUCGGAAAUAAUUUAGUACAGAUUCUUACUGGUGAAGGAAAAUCCAUCACAUUAGCGUUUUUAUGCUCCAUAUUAGCUUUAAUAGGAUUUAAAACAUAUUGUGCCUGCUACAGCUCUUAUUUAAGUAGACGAGAUUUCGUUUAUUUUACAGAUUUGUAUUCAACUUUAGGAAUUAACUCGUGGAUAGAGUAUGGGACCUUCGAUACGCUUUGUGAGAACUUUAUCAACUAUCACGGAAAUAUUAGAGAAAUUGCGAAUGAUUUAAUAAAUACAGGAGAAAUGAAGAAGUCAGCUAAUGCAAUUUCAGACCGGCCUACAGUACUUCUGAUAGAUGAAGUUGAUUUUUUUUUUCUAAAUCUUUUUAUGGAGCAACUUAUAACCCUAUUAGAUGUAUUCAGAAUCCUAAAUUCAAAGUAUUGUCCGACUAUAUAUGACAAAACAGAAGGACAAUUAAUUUUGACGCGCUUAUGGAUACAAAUGAGUAUAAGGACUGCUAUCGGCAAUUUCCAGGAUUUGAAAUAA